CCUCACUCCCUCAUUCAACCCCAUCAUCCCUCCAUCCACCACCAUGGACUCCCCCCCCUCUCCCACCGCGCCCGCACCAUCCUCGGCAACGCCAACGCCCUCAUGUGGGACAUCAUGCGCAACCCGUGGUGUCCUCUCACCAACCCCACCGGGUACGUCAACGUCGGGGUAGCCGAGAACGCCCUCAUGCACGACUACCUCCUCUCAUACAUGAACACGCAACUCACUCUACCCGCAAAAUACCUCACCUACAACGACGGGGCCAUUGGCGCAGAACGUCUUCGACGUGCCAUGGCCGCCUUCCUAACCAAACACCUUCACCCAGUGAAACCACUCACCAGCGAUAAUCUCCUCGUCACCAACGGUGUCUCUUCAGCAAUCGAGCACAUGUCCUGGGCGUUUACCGAUCCAGGAGAGGGAAUCCUCCUGGGUAGACCGUACUACGGGACGUUUAUCCCUGAUAUGUCUGUUCGGCCGGGGGCGGUGGUCGUUGGGGUGGAGUUUGGGGAUGUGGAUCCUUUUAGUAUGGAUGCUGUGGAGUGUUAUGAAAAGGCACUGGUGAGGUUUCAGGAAACGACGGGGAAGAAGGUUCGAGCGGUGAUGCUCUGUCAUCCGCAUAAUCCGCUGGGGAGGUGUUAUCCCCGGCAGACGAUAGUGGGUUUGAUGCGACUGUGUCAGAAAUAUCAGAUACAUUUGAUAAGUGAUGAGAUUUAUGCACUGUCUGUGUGGGAGAAUACCAUUGAUGAGGAUGUCAGUCCCGUGGGGUUUGAGUCUGCGUUGUCGAUUGAUAUGACUGGGAUUAUUGAUCCGAGUUUAGUCCAUUUGCUCUGGGGAAUGAGUAAGGAUUUUGGCGCUAAUGGGAUACGGCUAGGGGUGAUUAUCUCGCAGAGUAAUCCUGUGUUGUUGGAGGCGGUUAAGGGGGUUUCGUUGUAUACGUACUCCUCGUCGGUAUCGGAGCAUUUGGCGGCGGUGAUUCUGGAAGAUGAGGAGUUUACAACCCGGUAUAUACGGCUUAAUCGGCAGAGGAUGGGUGAAUCGUAUGCCUUUGCUGCAGGGUAUUUGAAGGAUUGUGGGAUUGAGUAUGCGACUGGUGCUAAUGCGGCGUUCUUUUUGUGGGUUAAUUUGGGUCGGAAGUAUUGCGAGUUGCAUCCGGAGAUGGGGGAUUUGGGCGAUGGGAUUGGGGAUAAGGUGAUGGAGGUUCUGUUGCAGAGGAAGGUGUUUCUGGCGAGUGGGGGGUUGUUUGGAUCGGAGAGGAGUGGGUGGUUCAGGAUUGUGUUUACCCAUGAAAGAGGGUAUUUGGAGGAGGCGUUGAGGAGGGUGGUGUUGGCAUUACAUGAUUGA